AUGUUGAAGGUAGAGGUCGUGGAAGGCCUAUUCACCGAGGAGAUGGGAUAUAGCGGGAUGACGAUGGCAGCAUUAGAGGACCAGAUGAAGGCUACCUUGAAGCUCUUUAUUGCUGCCCAGAACGUGGCUGCGCACAGCGAAUUUGACCACGAGAAAAGGGAUGAGCAAGCUGUCACUACUGCUGAGCUGAGCAGGACCAUUGGCGAAAAAGCCAAGAUGGAAGAGGAGUUGUUGCUCGUACAGAGUCGGCUAGAGGCAAAGAUGAGGAAGAGUGCCGAGCUACGAUCGGCAGUGAAUAAAGUGGUCGAGGAGAAGCGAGUCGUGAGUGUGAACUUGUCGGCGGCAAAGGCCGAGCUGAGUGAAUCGAAGUAG